AUGACAGAACUCCGGUUAGAUCGAGGAGGUGUUUCUGGGACUGUAUCGAUUGGUGACGCCGCUGUUGCGGAGCCUGUGAUAGCGAAUGAGGGUGACCCUCGAGCGGCGGCAUUGCUGGCAAGGGCGAAUAGGGCGAUAGGCUUCAUCGAUUCGUCUCUUUACCCUGCACCAGCGCCGCAUCAGACAAUAGCGCACAAAUCCGCGACCUCGGUUCCUGAGUGGGCGAAGAUGAAAGUAGAAGCGCUCGCUUCUCGGCUGCAUGCCAAUUGGCGGAGACCCUCGGGGUCCCAGUCCGGCAAUGGUGCAAAUGUGCCUAUCACAUCACAACUCGGCACGACGAAUACCGUUCCUAACGAGAUGUCCACUGAGACGCCUAAUCGUCGUCCAUCUCCUCAAGCAAAUUCGGAGCCGUAUUCGCUGGCUUCACGUCCCGCGAGUCCUUCUACCUUACCCACGGAGGGGAUUCCCGACAACAACCAAUUAGUGCCUCCAUCGCCGACAACACCACCAAUAUCCCCAUUGCAACCUUCCACCACGAGCGCCUCGUAUACACACAUUGCGCCUGUCGAUCUCAUGGGAAAUUCACGAUCUCCCGACUCGCAAUCGGUACUGGAGCACAUGGAUCCUGUUGUAAAUAGGCAUGAAUACGAGAUGCCUUCGUCGCCGCUCUUCACGGCUUCGCCACAACCGAAGGUUGUAUUCGAUGGUGUCGAGCUCACUCCGAGGCGGAAUCUCGCACCGACAACGCUUCGAUCGGCUUACCUUGGCCACUCGCCAACAACGCGCAAACGCACUCCUCACAUAAACUUGGCAGCCCUCGACGCUCGCUCCAGGAGCACUAGAAGAAACUCGUCGAAUGGACCUGGUGAUGUGCUCGGAAGCCCUAGCAGCUGUUCUCACUCCGAUGCCCCCGAUAUGAGCUCUUAUGGGGACGAUAACCCAGGCGUCAUUGACCAGGAAGAAAGCACCUGGAAAAAUGCCACUCCCAGCGUCAGCGGGCAGUCCAAGGACACCGACUCGAGCACCGGUGACGAGUCGGAGGGCGUGAAGAAGAAUCACUCAAGUUCAGGUGACGACAGCUCCUCAUAUGAGGAGCCGGACGACGAAAGCCCGUCCGAAGUUGACGAGCUUGAGGAAGAGGCGGAACUGGAGGAUGAAUACGAAGGCAGUGGAACGAAGAAGACGAAGAAGAAUCGCGUUCCAUCAAAGAAGCGCUCAAUAUCCGACCGCGCUCCGCGUUCCGAGAAUGCUCCAAAGAAUAUCGUAACCUACAGUCGCAAGACCGGCGUGAUUCCUGACGGUGCGGAGGGCGAGGGUAGUGAAGUUGAAGAUCGUCCGUUCGUCGACGCGCGGCCCAUUGGGCGGCGCCCGGAUGCUGACCGCCUGGCGAAGAAGGGAACUUCUAUGGCGCCGCAGAAAACAAAAGAAGAGCGCGCCACCGCCAACAGCCGCAAGCACACCAGCGCAAGACCCCGCGAGCACGACGCCAGUGGCAACGGAUCCGAUGUUGGAGAGACCGAAGAUGAGGUUGACACCGUCGACAGCGCCCGCACCAAGACACGAAAGACGAGCGCGGAUGAUGGUCAGGCGGAUGGAAGGAACGGCAGAUCAAAGAGGAAAGGCAAGGGUAAAGCAGGCGUUAGUGAUGAAGAAUCCGAGACACCCGAUGAUGGCAACCGCACUGGCAACACUCGCUCGAGGACCGGCUCUAUCCCCCAACGUUAUCUAGACGAGAUAGAUGACUUCAUCGAGGAGAUGGAUCUUUUCGUUGCCGAGAUGGCGAAGGCGACAGGCAGGACACCGGACGCGAUCAUGAAGCUAAUCCUCGGACCUGAUAUGGUCCAACAUCGAGUGACCAAUCCCUGGUCCGCGUAUACCUCGUGGUAUUCCGAGGAGCACCGCCAGCGUGAUGACGAGUCCAGAGAGGACUUCGUGAAGCGCAUGCGAGUAGCGUAUCACGAGGAGAUUGGCAAGUACACUGACAAGACAGAGAAGAUGGCGGCCGCUAAGAAAUACGUGGAGCGGUAUGAUCAGCUCAAGGCCGAUUACCUAGAAGAUCUCGCCAAGAAGGGGAAGAUUGGACAGGAGUUUAAUCGAGUGGUUACAGACUUGACGAAACAGGCGAAGCGGUUUUAUCUCAACAACUCAUUGCACGUAUUUGGCUACGUCAUAGAUACUCGAGGUCCCUGCGGGUUUACGAUGUUCGGUGGAUCGCCGCAGUGGGAGCAGAUCAAGACAAUGUACAAGAGUGACCACUUUGGCACUCUGGCCAAUUAUCAGGCUGUGCUUUGGUUGGUGGCAUUGCGAUAA